AUCCUUUACCCCAGUCCUAAAUUGACACUUCCGGUUGCAACUCUAGCCUUUGGUCCGUUAUUUUACUGUUACAAGCCAACAUUCCAAAAUUCUCUAACAGAAAUUAACAGCAAUUACCUUCAAAUCUCAACAAGUCUGACACUUAAGGAGAUGGGAUUGUUGGAUUGAAAAAUUCUCUUCAUCUGAAAAAACCCCACUUAUCUCCCCGUGUCCCUCCCCCAUAUCCCCUUUCAUCGCCUCUUCCCCUGAGACGUGUAUUCUGACCAUUUUAUUUGAGUGCGAAGUUGACAGAAAGCAACGUGCCAGCUACACCCUCCCGGUGCGCUCCCGGGUGGAAGAGCAAAGUUCCAGGGCUCAGGCUUCCUCCCCAGAGCGGCCAGCAGUCGCUCAGGUACCUGCUCGGCUGCGUGGCGUCUGAAGAUCCGCCGCCGCGAACAGUUGCGUCUCCAUCUGGCUCCCAACCCACCCGAGCUUUCUUCUCCUCCACCGCCGCCUUCCAGCCUCCCCCUCCUCCCCUCCUAGCCGUCCUCCCUCUCCGCCCCCGCCCGCCCCCAAUCUCCUCCUCUUUUUCUCACUACGAGCCGAGCCGCGGCUGAUGCUGAAGCCGAGCGUCACUUCGGCUCCCACGGCAGACAUGGCGACACUGACCGUGGUCCAGCCGCUCACCCUGGACAGAGAUGUUGCAAGAGCAAUUGAAUUACUGGAAAAACUACAGGAAUCUGGAGAAGUACCAGUGCACAAGCUACAGUCCCUCAAAAAUGUGCUUCAGAGUGAGUUUUGUACAGCAAUUCGAGAGGUAUAUCAAUAUAUGCAUGAAACGAUAACUGUUAAUGGCUGUCCUGAAUUCCGUGCAAGGGCCACAGCAAAGGCAACAGUUGCAGCUUUUGCAGCUAGCGAAGGCCACUCCCACCCUCGUGUAGUCGAACUGCCAAAGACUGAUGAAGGCCUUGGUUUUAAUGUGAUGGGAGGAAAAGAGCAAAAUUCCCCAAUUUAUAUCUCUCGCAUCAUUCCUGGAGGGGUGGCUGAAAGACACGGAGGACUCAAAAGAGGAGACCAGCUGCUCUCAGUGAAUGGAGUGAGCGUGGAAGGAGAGCACCAUGAGAAAGCUGUAGAACUACUCAAGGCUGCUAAGGACAGUGUCAAGUUGGUGGUUAGAUACACCCCAAAAGUGCUGGAAGAAAUGGAGGCUCGCUUUGAAAAGCUACGGACAGCCCGACGUCGACAGCAGCAGCAAUUGCUCAUUCAGCAGCAGCAACAGCAACAACAGCAACAAACACAACAAAACCACAUGUCAUAGGCCCUUGAGGGAAAGCGACUUGAUCAAACAUCUGAUAGUCACAAAUUUGAAAACGUGCUUCAGAAUCCCAGCACAUAGUAAAAGACAAUACUAAUAAUUAUACCUGUCAAGAAGCUGUGAACACAUGGUGUAUAAAUUCUUUACCAAGGCAACUCGACACCUCCUUUCUCUGGUCCCGUACCCCCCUGCUCAUGCGCUCUUUACACACACCGACUUUCCAUCCACUGCAGUGGGAAUUUCCAGUGUGGAAAGGGAGAGACUUUCCAGUCCACAGCCUGAAACAGGAUAAGAAGAAAAGUCUGACUUUUGAAUAAAUCACCGCCGGGGUCAGGAUUAGGUCAAUCUUUGGUGUCUGGAUUUUCCAGAGAAUAACAACCCUCUCCUUGUGCUGUAGUUCAAACUGCAUCAGUUCAAGGUUGCUGCUCCUAUACAUUGCCCCUCCUCUAACCUGUUCCACAACCCCCAUUGCUGAGUUAUCUGAAUUGGAAUUCCAAUUAACUGAAAAUUCAGCAUCUAAUCUCCUUUUGAAAAUGGCAAUUUACUAUUAUGUACUCUUUUCAGGCUCUAGGAAUUGGGUUCUUAUUUUCUGUUCUCAUGAAUUUUAAUGCAUUAACUGAAUGGUAAAUUUUCAGCUCAACUUUUAGUUUAUUAGAAGCAAGAGUAGGAACCUAGUACUGUACUUUUUAAUUUAAAUAUUGCUUGCAUCUAUUAUUAUACAGCCUAACAGAAUAUAAUGUAUAUUUAUUCCACAAAAUAUAUAUUAUCAGAGUACAUUUGUGAUAACUUAGAGUCUUUCCUUACCAAGAAUUAUGGCUCUGGUAAGAGAAUACUAGCAAAGGACCUACCUUCAUGAACUGAUCAUAUAUAUACAUACAUAUAUAUGUGUGUGUAUGUAUGUGUAUAUAAUCUCAAUUUUUCUUAAGUUUUAUAUUUUUUGAUUGAUACACUCUGGAGAAAUCUAAACUUCUGUAUACAUUGGUAUUCUGUCAUAGAUGUCUAUUUGACAUUUGAAAGCUUUGGUCUUAACAGCUCUCUCUCUCUCUAUAUAUAUGUUUAUGUAUGUAUAUAUAAUUUCUUUCAAAAAUAGACAUAUGUAAGCCAGUGAUAUCAAUUUUGUGACUGACAAAUGCUUUCCUCUAGAAGGAAAAGAUACUUCAUUUCACAUAUUCCUGUAGGUAAAUGGAGAAGGAAAUAUCUUUGGAAAGAUCUAUUAGAGUCACGUAUGCAAAUCAUAAUUUUUUACCUACAGUAAAUCUAGGCACUUAAUCUGGUUUUAAUUUAUGGAAUUACUAGGAAGUAAUAAUAAGGGGGCACUUGAACAACUUAAGCACAAAAAUGUACCUAAGAGAAGAAUAAUUGCCCAGCUGAAAUUAUCUAGAUAGAUCAUUAAGCAGAGGCACAUAUUUCAAUAUUCUCUUUUCUCAGAUACAAACAUUGAUUUCCCAAUGUAGAAUAAUUUUAAUACUUCAGAUAGUCUCCCCCUAAAUAGAAAUUUAUGAAACCAAGUUUAGAGACCAUCUUUUUGAAAAUAUAACAAGACCAACAGAAUUACUCAGCACAUUUUAUUUUACCGUUAUGGUGUUAUUGUCAAUACCCAGUUUUCACUCUUCAUAGUGCAUCACUUACCAGGCAACAAACAGCAAGGAGACUGGGGAGUAUGACAGUGUCUUGCUGUGAUAAGAGGUUUCCAGCCUCGAGAACAUAAUCAUAUUUUACUAGAGAGAGGUGGGGAUAUGGGUGGGGCAGUGAGGACCCUGAAUGUUAUGUAAAAUAAGUUUACAAAAAAGACAAGCAUGACAUAGGGCAUAAAUGGAGACAAUAUGAGUGUUAUGCAGUUUGAAAGAUAGUUCUCAUUUUUAUAAGAAAAAUUUAAUAAAACAUAUAUUUUAGUUAUCGUUUAUCAAAGAAGUAUUAGAGGUAUUCAAGCAGUACCACAAGAUUCUCAUAAAAGGAAAUCAUAGCACCCUUAAAAUAAGAUAAUAGUUCUCUCAACACAUUUCAAUACAUUGUAUUAAUUUGGAGCUUAAGGUAAGUAUGUUAUUGUUUAGCUGUUAAAUGUUCAGAUAAUAUGAACUUUUAUAGUUUCACAUCAAUAUCAUCAUGACAUUACAGAAGCAACUAUCAAAUGAGCAGAUCCCUUAAAUUUCAGUUUUCUAGAAGUUUUGUAUUUUUAUGCUUCUUUUGCAUAAUGUUCAGUGCUGAUAAAUGUCUGCCAGGUUGUUUGUCAAACCAAAGGACCAAUCCAUCAUAUCUAUGGAAUCUAAGAUUACAGUAUAUGUCACAUUGGUCUUACAAACAAAGACUAAAACUGAAUUUGUUAAAAUGUAAACCUUCCCCUGAAUUUUUAAUGAAAAGUAAUCAUCCCUAGACUUACAGAGGCCAUUUGUGGUUCUCUUAGUUUCACGGAAAUCAAAGGGAAUGAAAAAAAUUACUAUAAUCUGUACUCGAGCUCUUUAUUACUAAUGAUCACAUUACAGCCACUAACAUACCCUAAGUCAUACUCUUUCUUAAAAAAGACUACUCUCCUUUGAAGCUCAAUCCUCAAUAUAAUAAACAAAUUAGGUAUUAAAAAUUAGAGGGAAGAUUUGUUGUGACUUCUCAAGGAUCCUGGUGAAUUUUAGUUCCUUCCCUUGAUCAAGCUGGUGACCAGUGGAACAGAUUUGUUUAAACCUUUCUCUGCUAUGAUUUUAAAAGCAGAUACACAAACCAUAGUUCUGUAAAACAGUUCCCGAAUCUUUUCAUUGUUGCAUUUACAUUUUGAUUCUGUUGCCAUAUGGACUAGAACAUCCACAGGGAGAUAAUGAGUUUAAAUUGCAAUUGACUUUGGAAAGAAUAACAGACUUUUGUGCUUCCUCAAUCAUGUAAUCAAUCGGGAAUUCUCUAGUUAUAUGAACUACCCCUAUCUUUUAAGACAAUGCUAAAAUCUAAAUGCAAAAUCUAACAUUCGGGGGCCUUUUAAGGAUUUGAAGCUUCUGUGAACUUUGCUAGAGAAGGAUUAUACCAAUUUACAAAUGCAGUUUUCAACUGUAAUCUUAUCUCAUUUCAGUUUAUUCAGCUGUACAUAUAGCACUCGAAGACAUAGGAUAUUUUGUCUACAUUACUUUAAACAUCUGUAGAUGUUUAACAUUUGUGGAUGUGUGAAUAAUGCCUGAAUUUCUCAUCUUUCAGAUAGCUGUCCUUACACAUAGGCUUUAAGUAAGACCAACAUUAGACAACAUUGUAAAGUAGCGAUCAACAUUCUGAAGAUUCAAAGAGGCCAGUACAGAGUAAGGUAUUCCAAAACAGGAGAUGGCCCUACUGCUCUUGUCCCUCUCUAGACCACAAGCUCUAUGAGACAAAAGGGGCUGUGACCACCAUGUUGAUUACUUGGCACAAUAUAGAUACUCAAGGAAUAUUUGUUAAAUGAAUGAUUAAAGAGGUGGAUAAAGAAAUGAGUACAUUUGCCUUCUGAUAAUUUCAUUACCUUCUUAGUGUAUCAAUUGGCACUAUAAUUUCUAAAUAUCAUUAGAAUAAGAAUUGACUCUUCAUACUUUUUAGAUAUGUGAAUUUGGAAUCAAAUUACUUCAAAGGCUUUAAGGGCAUUUAAAUAAGGAACAGUGUUCAUGAAUUCAGAUUUUGAUGAUGAAUAAAAUUAAACCUAUUUCUUUAUGAAAGCACUUUGAAUUAUUUGGCAGGGAUUAUCCAAAAAGGAAACUCCAUUUCUAAAUUUUAUAAAACAUUAUGUUUAGAUUUUAAAAAGGAAGAAGAAAAAGAAAGAAGAGUCCCAUCAUCCAGCAUUAUGAUUUGUGUCCGAUUAAAUAUUUAUUAACAACGUUUCUCUAAAAAAUUCUGAGUCAUUGUAGUCACCAUUCCUAAACUUUCUUCUUUUAAGGAUUACUCUUUUCGUAUUUGAUUCUUAGAAUUUACCUGAGCUAAAAAAAAUCCACAUAUUCAUUCAACAAAUAUUUCUUGUGUACCUGAUACAUGUUAGGUUCUGGAAAUGCAGUGAGAAAGAAGAGUGACAUAGUGCUAUCAUGGAGCUUAUCAUGAGAGAACUCCACUCUGAACUCUAGCCAUAGCUAGUUUACUGUCCACUGAGUCCCUGCUAGAAGAGAAAAAUUCUUCACCCCAUGGAAAUUAUGAAAAACUCCUUUUUCUAAACAUACCACUCAAAACUGAUGCUUAUUUUAUCCAUAAAGCACAAUUAUAAUCCAAUGAGGUUGGUAUAUAAUAAUUUGUUCAUGACAUGUAUCUAGCUUUUACUAUGUUGUAGCUACUAUGCUCAGUGUUUUCAUGGACGAUCUCAUCAAAUCUCAUCUAAAACCCUAUGCAGUAGGUUCCAUUCUACACACAAGAAAACUGAAACACAGCUAUGUUAUGUGACUUGUCCAAGGUCACACUGCUAGCAGGUGGAAAUGCAGUCUGACAUGAGAGCUCAUAUGCAUAAUUGUUGUCUCUGGCUUUGGAGGACAGUACUCCAUGAGACUGAAUAAGUCAUUAAAAUAAAUGAGUUAUUGUACAUAAAAAUACUUUGAAAUUAUAAAGUAGCAUGCAAAUGAUAUUAGAAAACUAUUACUCGUAUCACAUCAGUGACAAAAACAGAACUCAAUCUUAUUUUACAGCUUAUUCAUGAAGAAUACUUAAGUGAGGAACAUGGGAAAAAGGAAAGAUCCAGAAAAUUUCUGACAUGUAGUAAAUAUUUCAGUGAUUUUUCAGAAUGAUUUAUUGUUAGUCACUGUGUCUAUUUGGUGCUACAAAAACAAAGAAACAAAAUCCCUGCUCUAAGGGCUUAUAAUAAAUACACAGUGUGGAGAUGAACCAAGGCUGUUUCACACUUCCGUGGAAGUACUGGGCAGUUUGUUGUACCAUUUUUUCAUCAUUGCAUGUACAUCAUGUCUUUCCAGUUGUUUUCAUUAUUUUUCUGAAAGAGCUACAAAAUUGUGCAGUGGUUCAACCUGACCAAAGUGGUAUUAUGCUGCUGGGAAGUAAAAGUAUUAGACACCA